AUUCUGACAGUGGUGAUGAUGAAGUUACAGAAAAGAAAUUUGUCUGCUUUGAAUCCUGUAUCAAGGAACUAGCAAACAUCAGGAUGCCAUCUCGCUGUCAGAGGAAGAAUUGUAAUGGGGAAAUUACCAUCAAAAGCCGAUAUAUUGGUUGUUCAGCUCAGCUGAUAUGGAACUGUUCCAAUGGACAUAGCAUCUAUACAUGGAAUUCCCAACCAAGGUUGAAGAAAAAAAUUUGUUGGAAAUGUUCUGAUGUCAGCUGCAAUCCUUCUGAGUGGGAAUAAUUACCAGAAGAUUGCUCUACUUCAUAAAUUUCUAAAUCUGGGGAUGAUCAGCUCAACAAGCCAUCUCCGUGUACAACGCACAUUUACUGUGCCAGUUAUUGACUUCUUUAAACAGACCGUUAUGACUGACACACUAAACAAAUACAAAGGGAAAGAACUGGUAAUUGCCGGUGAUGCACGAAAUGACAGUCCUGGACACUCUGCAAUGUAUUGCACCUAUACAUUCAUCGAGUAUGAAACAAAGGAUAUAGUGUCCAGUGUCAUAAUAGACAAACGUAUGACAAACUUGAAAUCCAUUAAUAUGGAAAUGAAGGGCAUGUUGAGAGCCAUGCAAAGCCUGUUGGACAAUGGAGUUGCUAUCAAAGAAGUGUGCACUGAUGCACAUGCUCAAAUUGCAAGCAUGUUGAAAAAAGACUAUCCACAGUUGAAACACAGCUUUGAUACCUGGCACGGGGCUAAAAAUUUUGGGAAAAAGUUGUCUGCUGUUGCAGCUGAGGCUAGAAACAAAGACCUCAGACCAUGGGUUCAGGACCUUGUGAACCAUUUCUGGUAUUGCAGCAGGAAAUCUCAAGGCAGCGAGAUGGCUCUCAUAUCAAGGUGGAGAGGAGUAUUGCAUCACGUGACAGAUGUUCAUGAAUGGGUAAUUGGGGAUUCUGCUGGUUCUGCCCAAUGUGAACAUGAACCUUUGCCAGCAACGCCAGACAUGGAAACUAAAUGGCUGGAACCUGGAUCAGAUGCACACUGUAGUCUAGCAAAGGUUAUAUUGGAUACAAGGCUGCUUCACAAUUUGAAGUAUUAUGUCAACUUCAGACACACAGGGGAACUGGAAAACUUCCAUGAACACAUUCUGAUGUAUGCAGCCAAGAGGUAUUCUUACAGUUACCCAAUGUACAAGGCCCGGAACCAGUUAGCGAUAAUUGAUUACCAGCACCACAAGGAGAGGAAUCAUGCAACUGACAAAAAAGGUCAACCAAUGUAUGCACGAAAGUACUCCAAACGAAACAAGAACUGGAGUGUUGUUCCUGUGAAAGAAAAGAAAACCUACUCCUAUAUUCCAGAUAUGAUGAAGGAAAUCUUGCAACGACUGUCUGUGUAUGAAGGACCACUACCUACACGGUUUCCUCCUGAGGAGGGAGACCCACGACUAAUAAAAAGGACGAUAGCUGAGGUUUCCCCAAUUCCUACCAAGGAGCUUGUUGCCAGGAAAAAAUCAAGAUUCCAGUAACAGAUGACAGAAAGAACAUGUUAAGCCAGUCUGUGUGCCUGAAACCCAGUGUAUGUGUUGGAAAAUUAGUGCGAAUCCGCCACACACAGCAACUUGGCACCACUCGACGGACACCUUGGCCUAAUCUUCCAUGACGCCAGAGUGUAAAGUUCCUGUAGGCAGAAUGACGCAUAUGUCUGUUUUAGUCCUCUAUUGGCUGUGCAUGUCUGCCUAACAUGUCUCGAUGAUAUCCAUUUCCUAGUGCUAAAACUAUUGGGUCAAGGAUCAGAGUGUCCAUUUCCUGAAAACCAAAAAUGCGUUUUUAUACAUUUUGUGAGUUGGACCUACCGGUAUUGCAUCGCGAUGGCAAUAUCAUUGAUACUGACAAGUGACUUUUCAAGACAGAUUUUAUAGUUGGUGCUGAAGUAUAUACAUGUAGGCGUAUGUUUUGUAAAUUUCAAUGUUGAUCACAGGAUUCAGUAAUCUCUAUACAAAUAUUUUCUUUGACCAUUACAUUCAUACUGUAUGUGUAAUAUUUCAACAUCUUUCCUUAUAUGGAAUAAGACCAUACUGAUAAUGAUAAUUUAUCAUUAACAAAACAAAUCUGAAUGGGUGCAGCUUUGAAAUACAUGUGAAUAAACAAAAGAUUAUGAAGUCA